AAAAAUUAUAAUGAAAAAAUUAUGAAAAAAUUAAAAAAGAGAAAAAAUACAAUGAUUGAUGACGUGUUUAAGAAAAAAAAAAAAUUAAAUGAGUGUCUUACGAAAACAUCGCAAAAAAUCUACACAUGCAUUGUUUGCUCUUGUUGCACAAGGGCCAUCCAUCAAUGAAAGGCUCACCUCCAUCUGUGUUCAACACAUUCUUGAGAUAAAAAAUAAAAAAGCUGCUCCACAAGAAAAUUUAUAUCAGUUAUAAGAUGCUAUUGAUAAAGCCGCAUGCCAGAGACUUCGGUCUUAUCUAAUAGCAUAUCUUACGAUCCAGAGUUUCAAUUCUUUUUUUUUAAUUUCGCCGAAGGUGCUUCUUUCUCAUCAGGAUUGGAGGACCUCAACAUCGAGGUCAGUCUCCGUAGGACCUUCGAAGGAAUAGCGGGAGUGCUCAGGAGGCCUCCAGUGAGGGGGCUGCGGAACGUUGCACUGUCAGUCGGGCUUUGCUUCGGCGAUUGUAUGGAGUGCAGUCGCCGGCGCGCACGACCAGCGUGAGCAUCUAUCUCGUCGACGUAAGAUGUAACAAUCGUGUGUAGCAAUCGGAGUAUCACAAUCUCGAAGAAAAAUACCGCGAAAGAUAUCGCGAAGAUAUUAUAUAUUAAUUUUAAAAAAGCAAGUGUGUGCAAUAUAGUAAAAGAAAUGUGAUAGAUGAGACCGCCUUGAGAUAACAAUUAAUAUAAUAGAAAUAUAAUAAAUUUGAGAUAUAAAAUCCUGCGUGAGUGCAAAAAUUGAACUGAACAUCGAGUUGUAAUGAUUUAAAAAAAAAAGCUAUUGAAAGAUGUAAUAUAUUACGCGUGAAUAUUAUGUGUUGAUAAGAAACAGCAAGUGCAGUAUCGUUGGAGAAGCACGAUGAAACAUUAUCAAAGAAAAUACCUUUAAAGAAAAACAAUUAAUUAAUAUAAUAGAAAUAUUUGAGCAGAGAAUCAUAUCGUAAAUAUAAAAAUUAAAUAGAACAUCGAGUUGCAGCAAAUUUAAGGUAAUAUUAAAAUUGGUAAUGAAUGUUACUAAUAAUAUUUGCUCAAUAUUAUCAGUAUAAAGAAAAUUAGAUGCAAUAUUGUAAGAGAAACGUGAUAAAAAAUAUCGAAAAAGACACUAUUUAAAAAACCAUUAAUAUAAUAGAAAUACUUAUGUUUAUACAAAUCGAAUGUCGCUAUAUGUUCAGUGAAAAAAAUUGAUAAAAAAUAAAGUUAAAAUCGCAACUUUCAAAUUACGGAAAAUAAACAAAAUGUAAAAUUUAUUAUUUGAUUAUUUAUCGAAUAUUGAGAUUAAUUGAUUCUCUUGUGAGUGAUAAAACGAAUAAAAUGAUUUUCGUUUAAUCGACUAUCGCAUUUGAAUUCGGAAAAUAUCGCAUGCACGACUGUUUUAAGGGCAGUAUUUUUUGACCCAGUAAUCUUUUUUUUUUCCUUCUUGAAGAAUCGCGAAGAUCGCGGAGUCGUGGAGACCGGAUCUACGCUCCUGGUUCUCACAGUUAGGUGAAUGCCGAGUAGACCGCUCAUAAUUAAAGAACAAAGGGGAGCCCGUUUCCUACGCUUGCCUGUUAUUCGAUUUAACAAUGUGUUUUGGAAGCGAGAUUACAGCACGCCGGGUUUUCAAUAAAGCUUGGAGUUGCACAAGUUGCUUGCACCGUGCAAAUAACGCCAGACAUCAUUAAAUCAAUGUAGAUCUACCGUCGCUUUAAUUACGUCAUUAAUUAAUUUAAAGUUAACAUUAAUUAACAUCAUUAAUGUUAUUGUAGUUAUUAAAGAAUGUUUAAUUAUCCAUCCGAUUUAUUGUUAUUAGCCAUUCGAUUUUAUAUUCGAGUCUCAUUUACUAUUUUUUUAAUCUUUAUUUCUUAAAAGAUAGCCGAUUUAUCCAGCUAAUCGUGUUUGAAUAAGGAUUCAGUCGCGCGAAUGUACAUACGUAUAAAUAGAAUUGAAUAGUUUUGCUCAUAAUACGGCACUGUUGACACAUAACAAUGGCUUCUGCUGUUGUAGCAUCGUGUUGCGCAACGUAAACCGAAACUAUAGAAACGUAGGACGCUAAACUCGUUUGUUCGACGCGAUCGACCUUCGAGCGUUUACGGGACCGUCAUUGAAAUCCAAAGCGGGGAACUUCGCCCACGGUUUUGUGUCGAUAGACACCGCGGCACUGAAAAGCAUCUCGUAAUCGCCUCGGUAAUCGCGCUCGAAGAAAAUCAAGACGGAAGCUUAGAGUCUACACAAUAUAGUAAAAUUCCAGAUCGAUUCGUUGAGGACCGAUCGAAUGCCGCGGCGGUUUCGUGGACGGCGCGCCUUGGACGAAGGACGAGGAUGAAGCGAGGAUGAAGCGAGAGACAUAGGCAACAGACAAUUGUCGAGGGAUACGCCUCGAUGAUGUCCGUGUCCGAGGAUGUACCCACGUAUCCCUGCCUACGAUUGCGCAACAAUUGGACGGGCGAGGAAACAAUGAGAGCGUCAUCGUGAGCUAAACGAAGAGCCGGAAUCGUGACGUGGCGGCCUUCGAGCGAUCGGGACGAUCGGUCCACGAUCUCCACUCGCGGGAUCCGAAAAUGACAAUAAGUCGGCCGACGGCGGUGAUGAAACGUUUCGUGCACGGCGUUCGCCCGCCGCCGUCGUCGUCGCGAGGAUGACGAGGACGUGGACGGUAUGCGGCUUCACGGGGCUCCUCGUCCUCGUACCCGUUACCGUCUGCGCGACGAUCACCUACGUCAACGGCAACGAGGAUCCGUCCCUGCGAUGCAAUGAUCGCAGUAGCGCUGUUCACAGCAAUAAAACCUUUUCCCAGUGUAAAUACGAUGUCGACUGUAUUCCGAAUGCGUUUUGCCGGAACCAGCAGACCUGCUCGUGCAAAGACGAUUACAUCGAGUUCAGGAGUGACAAUAACUACAAAUGUCUGAGAGUGGCUACUCGCAUCGGCGAUCCCUGCGAGGAGGACAUCCAGUGUGAGUUCACGUUUACACCGCAAUCGGAAUGUCGAGAAGGUGCUUGUCAGUGCGCCCACGAUUCCCACUUCACGGACGGGAGGUGUUACGAGUCCGUCGGUUUGGGAAAACGUUGUCGCUCGAAUCGUAACUGUCACAUCAAGAAUACUUUUUGCGAAUACGGUUUCUGCACUUGCGGUUUGCGUCAUCAUGCGAAUCCAGAUAAUACUAGUUGUCUGCCGAGUGCCAAGUUGGGCGAGCACUGCAACAGCGAUGACGAAUGCAUUGUGGAGAAUUCGAAGUGCAUACACAACAGAUGUGACUGCAAAGUGGAUUACGUAUUGGCUAAGAGCGAUCAACGGUGUUUGAAAGCCGCUUCCUGGAUCGGCGAGAAGUGCGAGCAGCAGUCCCAAUGCCAACUGUUCUUGAAGCAUAGCCAAUGCGGCGCGAAUAAGACGUGUGAUUGCGUCUCCGGUUCUCACAGACGCGGUUAUCGAUGCUUCGUCGACGUAGAACUGGGCGGUCGUUGCGAAACUCACCAUCAUUGUAUUACGACAACCUUAAAAGAUUCAAAUUCGACCUGGAAAUCAAAAGUAGACUGUGUUGACGGCUUUUGCACUUGUACCGAAGGCUAUACAUUGAUGGGGGAGCUGCAGGAUUGUGUUCAAUUCAGUGAUAAUGGUGCAACAAGAUGGCAGGUGUAUAGAAUACUUUCUAUCAUUGUUAUUAUUGCAAAAUUCUUUUUGCGCUAAAGAUGGUAGAUAACGAUUCGUAUUUAGCAGCAUAAGACCUCGAUUUAUUAGCAUACUUAAAAAAAAAAAAUAAGUUGUUAAUUUAUGCAAUUUAGAUGCGUAUCGUCGUAUUUAUCAUCUUAUUUAUUUAAAUUGUUAUUUAAAUUAAAACGCUUGACUAAUGUAAAUUUGUUACUUUAACUAGCAGCUAUAAACAGCCAAAGAGAAUCAGCGUUUCUUUACCAGAAAAGCGACGAAUCUACUAAAUUAUUAAUGUCAUUGGUUUUGUUUCUUAUUGAGAGACAUAGUAGCACAUAGUGCGAAAUCGUUUUAUGUAUCUUUACGCGAGCCAGCCAUUUGCCAGCCAAUAGAUCCAAAAUAUAUUAUUGGAUCUGAGAAACGGCUGAACCGAUCGAGUUCUUAUUAGACUUAAUUGAUAGCUUGGGUUUGAUUUAUAUUACAAAAGUGUUGUUGUUUUUUUCUCUACGAGCCUAAUGAAUAAAGAUAUAAUGUAAAAUGCAA